GGCUGAAAAGACGAACGAACGCAGCUUUAUUCUGAUACUACAGCAAAGACAAAGAAAUGUUAACGCCAGAAUUUCUACUCCUCUGCAUAAUCGCAGGGUUACAGUUGCCAACCUUUGCAGAUAGUGAUCCCAUGAUAGAGGUCUUUAAAUGGAAACAAAUGGACUUUUUUAAUCGCGGGGAUAGUCCAGAUCCGCACUUCUAUAGUUCCCGUCCAUGCUUGAAGGCACCCGAUUCCGGUGUCAACAAUAAUAGCUCCUUCAUUCAAUACAACAAUGUGCCACAGGGAGUCACUCAUUUUAGAGGACGUCUGUUCAUCACGACGCCUAGGAGACAGCCGGGCAUUCCGUCCACCUUGAACUACAUCGAUCUGGUCAGAGAUGGCUGGAGGCAGAGUCCCAUUCUCCGGGCCUAUCCCAACUUUGCAAUGAAUCAGUAUAACGUGAGUGCGGAGAAUCUGGUGUCGGUCUACCGAACCUCGGUGGAUGCCUGCCAGCGACUUUGGUUCGUCGACACCGGAAUGCUGGAGUACCCAAAUAACCGCCAACAGAUACGGCGACCCAGCAUUUGGGUAAUCGAUUUGGCCACGGAUCGAGUGCUGAAGCGCUUUGAAAUCCCAGAGAGCAUUGUGGAAAUUGGUCGCGGAUUAGCCAGCAUUACCAUCGAUGUGAAAGCGGGAAAUUGCGGCGAUGCCUACGCCUAUAUUCCGGAUCUGAUCAAUCGCCGUUUGCACGUCUAUAAUCUGCGAGACGAUAGAAUUUGGUCCUUCGAGCACAACUUCUUUAACUUUGAUCCGCUUUCUGACGAUCUAAACAUUGCCGGACAGAAAUUCCGCUGGGAUGACGGCAUUUUCUCAACCACUUUGGGGCCACAUCAACCAGAUGGCAGCCGGGACGUCUUCUUCCAUCCCAUGGCCAGUACGAAUGAGUUUGUGGUGUCCAACCGAGUUCUGCAACAGGAGUCCAAUGCCGCGCGCUCCGAUCACAGCAACGAUUUCCGGAUGCUAGGAAACCGGGGGUCGUCCACACAGUCCACUAUGCACGAGUACGAUCCGGCGACCGGUGUGAUCUUCUUUGCCGAAGUCCAGAAGAGCGGAGUGGGCUGCUGGAAGACCAGCAAGCCGUUCUCAACGGAAAACCAUGGGUCUGUGUAUUCCAACGCUCGGAAGAUGAUUUAUCCUAGCGAUUUGACGAUCGACGAGGAGGGAACCAUUUGGGUGAUGUCCAACUCCAUGCCCAUAUUUGUCUACUCCAAGCUUGACACCAAUGUGUACAACUUCCGGAUCUGGAAGCAAAGGGCAAGGCUGGCCAAAGAAGGAACAGUUUGUCAGUGA